UAUUGAAUCUUUUUGUCUCAGUUUGACACUGUAAUAGCUUCCAACAAGGACCCAAACCAGACUAUUAAAGUGGUGUCAGAAGAAGAAGACUUGACCAACAAUGAGCAAGUGAUGUUGGACAGAGUUGAUAGUAGUCAUGUGAAGAUCGACAGUCCGCACCUUGAAUCAGACUCUUGGGAUCCGAUUUCCGAACUAGAAAGUUUGUUACAUGAUAGUUAUAAGUUGUCUCCUAUGUGCACUGACUCAACAACUGUUUCAGUGCUCCAAGCUUCAAAUGUUGCAGCUAUUUUUGAAAAUUUAGAAACCCUUUUGGAGACACCACUUGAAAUUCUCUCUUCAGACGAUGAAGUGAAGCAAAAGUUCCAUCAAAUUUUGGAACAACUUGGCCAAUUUGCAAAUCAAAUCCCUAUUAGGCUUCAUCAUGUCAUUUGCAAGUUAAGAACUUUCAUUGAAGGGGUUGAUGUCAAAUUUGCGAGUGCUCAAAAUACUAUUCAAGAUUAUGAUCAACUGCUUCAAUCAAGGUCACUUAUAUCAAAGAAAUUGGAAAGUUCCAAAGCCAGAGAAUCCCAAAUUAUUUCUGAAAUAUCUCGAGGUAAAAUACAAUUUGAAAAGAUCAAUUCUGAGAUUGUUGAGUUAGAACAAAAGUUAAGUGGUCUUGUUGAGCUUAGAGCCAAGGUGAAGAAGGAGGUUGAGCAUUUUGAAGUGAUAAAUAGCAACCUUAAGACAGAGGUUGCACAACAUUGGCUUCCAGAAUGCAAGACUGUCUUGAUAAAUUUGAGAGAUUCUGAAACUUCUUACAAAGUGGCCUUAUCCAAUAAGAAGAAAAUUGAAGAUGAAUGGGUUGAUCUUAAAAAGGCAUUUUCCGCCAAUAAAAUUUGAUAUAUCAAUUCAUGCAUAUAUUAACAUUUAGUAAUUUUGUCACCUCUGUGGAUUCAAAUUCACAAUGAACAUCUGGUUAUUUUUUAUAUUAGAUUGUAAUUGUCGAUUCCAUCGAUGCAAAAGGAGAAAGACACUACCUCUGUGGAUAGCAAAAAAAAACAUAUAUGAUGGUAUUACCAGAGGAGAAUAAUUGUG